CAGGAGGCACGAAGAGAGGCAGAGCCUGGGCACCAUGGCUGGAUUCUCCGCUCUUGGGCUUCUCUUCCUAUGUCAGCUGUUAGCCACAGCAUCGGCUCAGAGAGUAGGACCACAAGGCCCUCCUGGACCACGAGGACCCCCUGGACCAUCUGGCAAGGACGGCAUAGAUGGAGAGCCAGGUCCUCCUGGUUUGCCAGGCCCACCAGGGCCAAAAGGUGCUCCAGGGAAGCCUGGAGGAGCUGGUGAAGCUGGAUUGCCUGGCUUGCCUGGAGUGGAUGGUUUAACAGGAACCGAUGGCCCACCUGGCCCAAACGGGCCUCCAGGAGACCGUGGUGCAUUAGGACCUGCCGGGCCACCUGGACCUGCCGGCAAAGGACUCCCAGGACCUCCCGGCCCUCCAGGACCCAGUGGGCUCCCAGGUGGAAAUGGAUUUCGGGGUCCUCCUGGACCUUUUGGUCUGCCAGGAUUCCCAGGGCCUCCUGGACCACCUGGACCUCCCGGUCUUCCAGGCACCCUUCCCGAUGGCGGUGGGGACCUUCAGUGCCCAGCUCUGUGCCCACCGGGUCCUCCAGGUCCCCCAGGAAUGCCAGGGUUCAAGGGACACACUGGUCACAAAGGAGAACCUGGUGAAAUAGGAAAAGAAGGAGAAAAGGGCAGCCCUGGCCCUCCCGGUCCUCCAGGCAUUCCCGGCAGCGUUGGCCUGCAGGGCCCAAGAGGACUAAGAGGCCUUCCUGGUCCAAUGGGUCCAGCUGGUGACAGAGGUGACAUCGGUUUCAGAGGACCACCUGGGAUCCCAGGACCUCCAGGAAAAGCUGGAGAACAAGGAAACAAAGGACCUCAAGGAUUCAGGGGGCCCAAAGGUGAUACUGGUAGACCUGGACCAAAAGGAAACCCAGGAGCUCGUGGACUCAUAGGAGAACCUGGCAUGCCUGGCAAGGAUGGACGGGACGGAGCUCCUGGACUCGAUGGUGAGAAGGGUGAUGCAGCUCACGUGGGUGCUCCUGGAGAGAAGGGGCCAAACGGACUGCCUGGACUGCCUGGAAGAGCAGGUACUAAAGGCUCAAAGGGUGAACCAGGCAGUCCUGGAGAGAUGGGAGAGGCAGGUCCCUCUGGAGAGCCAGGCAUCCCUGUACGUAUCCUUUCCCCGUACCGUGAGCUCUGCUGGGAGCGUGUUGUAAACCAAGCUGUGAAGCUGACGCUCCCGUGCCGCUUCCCUGCACAAAUAAAGCUUUCC